GUUUCUCCCAAAUUGCCGUUCAAGGCCUACGCUUCUUCCCCUUCCUCUCCCCCUCGAACCCUAGCCACCCUGCUCACUUCCCAGCUCGAACCCACCGCGGCGCGAGUCCUCGGCAUUUGGGAAUUGGGGCAGCUGAUCCUGCGGUCAAGGCGGCGGAGAAGAGAUGGUGGUGGUGUCCGGCGGCGGGGGGAACGCGUGGGCAAAGGAGAUGACCAUCCGCCGCAGGAUAGCCAGCAUAUUCAACAAGACGCGGGAUCAUUUCCCUACUCUGAAGGACUACAACGAUUAUCUGGAAGAAGUUGAGGAUAUGACUUUCAACCUGAUCGAAGGGAUAGAUGUCGAAGCGAUUGAAGCUAAAAUUGCAAGAUACCAGAAGGAAAAUGCAGAGCAGAUAUUCUUGUCCCGAGCGAAAAGGGCUGAAGAUCUUGCAGCUGCACUAAAAGCAAGCAGAAUGAACCCUGUAAAGACCGACGCUGAUGAUACGGCUGCUGGGAGUUCCCAGGGUAUUAGUGGUGGGACUGGAGUUCAGGGCGAGUAUGCGCCUGCUGCUGUCCCUGGCGGGCUGGCUCAGCCUCGUCCCAUGGGUAUGGCUCCCCAACCAAUCGGAGGUCGGUCAGAUCCUCUUCAAGGAGACGAUGAGGAGACCAGGAGACUACGUGCGGAGAGAGCAGCACGAGCAGGCGGAUGGACUAUUGAAUUGAGUAAGAGGAGAGCAAUGGAGGAGGCGUUUAGUGCCAUAUUCCUCUAGAUCUGAUCCAAAGGCAGCACCAGGCCUGGUCGAAAGCCAGUAUAUUUAAGAUGGCCUUUGAACAGUACACGACAUUGGAUGAUCUGUAAUUUUAUCAUCUUUUGUUUAUCGAGUUCUCGCUGUGGGUAGUGAAGUUCAUAUAUCAGUAUCAAGCAAACUUGCGGUUGCAAAAGCUUACUUUCUUUGCAAGCUGGGAAUUUGCAUAUUGUUGUACCUUGUCAGUCUCAGGUCAUCGUGGCAGUCCAACUUGUAACUGUUCCUUCGUAAGGACAGGAUAUGCUUUACUAUCCUUGCCACCUCUCGAACCUUUUUUUUGUUCGUCUGAUGUUUUUUUUAGAAUUUAGUGGAAUCAAAUCUUGUGGCCUGUUGCAACUGCUGGUUUAUGAAA